AUGCUUCCCAGCUGGCCUUUGCCGGAGUUUGACCCAAGUCAGAUCCGACUGAUUGUGUAUCAGGACUGCGAAAGAAGAGGACGGAAUGUCUUAUUUGACUCUAGCGCUAAAAGAAAAAUAGAGGAUGUUUCAGUGUCGAAACUCUGCAGCGAUGCUCAGGUGAGAGUUUUUGGGAAAUGUUGCCAACUGAAGCCUGGAGGAGACAGCUCUUCUUCCUUGGAUAGUUCAAUCAACUCAUCAUCUUCUUUCUCUGAUCCAAAAGAACAAUGCCCAAAAUACCAGGGUUCUCGGUGCUCCUCAGAUGCUAACAUGCUUGGAGAGAUGAUGUUUGGCUCUGUGGCCAUGAGCUACAAGGGCUCCACAUUGAAAAUUCAUCAGAUCCGCUCACCUCCUCAGCUCAUGCUCAGCAAAGUCUUCACAGCUCGCACUGGAAGCAGCAUCUACGGAAGUCUCAAUACGUUGCAGGACAGUCUUGAGUUCAUUAAUCAAGACAGCAAUACAUUAAAGCCUGACCACAGUACAAUUAUGAAUGGACUUCUUGGGAAUAUAGGUCUUUCACAGCUUUGCAGCCCUAGGCGGGCAUUCUCAGAGCAAGGUCCGCUCCGCCUGAUCCGGAGCGCCUCUUUCUUUGCAGUUCAUAGCAACCCUAUGGAUAUGCCUGGGAGGGAGCAGAAUGAGGACAGAGACAGCGGUAUAGCAAGAUCCGCAUCUCUUAGCAGUCUGCUCAUCACUCCGUUUCCAUCUCCGGGCUCUUCGUUUAACAAAAGCUGUGCUAGCAGUUACCAGCGGCGUUGGCGUCGCAGUCAGACUACCAGCUUGGAGAAUGGGGUCUUCCCUCGAUGGUCCAUGGAUGAAAGCUUUAACUUGUCAGAUGACAGCUCUGGUCCCAGCCCAGGAAUUGUUAGGAAGAAAAAGAUAGCAAUUGGAGUUAUUUUUUCUCUCUCAAGAGAUGAAGAUGAAAACAACAAAUUUAAUGAGUUCUUCUUCUCGCACUUUCCUCUCUUUGAGAGUCACAUGAACAAACUGAAGAGUGCAAUAGAACAGGCUAUGAAAAUGAGUCGUAGAUCAGCUGAUGCCAGUCAGCGGAGUUUGGCAUAUAACAGAAUUGUUGAUGCCCUUAAUGAAUUCAGAACAACUAUUUGCAAUCUCUACACGAUGCCACGGAUUGGGGAGCCUGUCUGGCUUACUAUGAUGUCGGGGACACCAGAAAAGAACCAGCUUUGCCAUCGCUUCAUGAAGGAAUUCACUUUCUUGAUGGAGAAUGCUUCUAAAAACCAGUUUUUACCAGCUUUACUGACUGCAGUCCUGACUAACCACUUGGCCUGGGUCCCUACCGUCAUGCCGAAUGGCCAGCCGCCUAUAAGGAUCUUCCUGGAAAAGCAUUCCUCCCAGAGCGUGGACAUGCUGGCCAAAACCCAUCCAUACAACCCACUGUGGGCACAGCUCGGUGACCUGUAUGGGGCUAUUGGAUCACCUGUGAGAUUAGCGAAAACAGUUGUGGUUGGCAAAAGGCAUGACCUGGUACAGAGAUUGCUUUAUUUCCUUACUUACUUCAUCAGAUGCUCUGAACUUCAAGAGACACAUCUUCUAGAAAAUGGGGAAGAUGAAGCCAUUGUCAUGCCUGGAACUGUUAUAACUACCACACUGGAGAAAGGAGAAGUAGAAGAAUCCGAGUAUGUGCUUGUCACGAUGCACAAGAACAGGGGCAACUUGCUACCAAUGGAGUCUGAAGAAAUGAGAACUUCUAACUGUAGCUGUAGAUAUUGCAAAUGCCCUAUUUCACUUGCACAAAACAUAGAAGGUGUUUCACAGCAAGAGAGAGAAGACGCUCAAAACACUCCGAAGGUAGAGCUGGAAUCUUCUUCAGAUGAGAACAGAACUAUUGUUCCUGACGAUUGCCAGGAGGAUGCUGUUGAUGUUAAGCAACCGAGACCCUGCCUGGACACAAAACUAGAGACUGUGGUGUGCACAGGUUCAGCUUCACCAGAAAAACGUGUGGUGACGGAAUCUGGUUUGGAGCCAACGGCAAACGUGUGGAGGAACGAAGACUCGCUGGAAUCGGGCAACCAGGCGGUCAGUGUAAUGAGGUCACCCGGUAUUGCUGUGGAAAAGAAGCCGCCGGAUAAGCUCUUCUGCGAUGCGUUUCCUUGCAGCGCUGCCGAAGCUCAGACAAAGGUGACUUUCCUCAUCGGAGAUUCCAUGUCACCCGAUUCAGACAUCGAACUCAGAAGUCAGGCAGUAGUGGAACAAAUUGCUAGGCAUCACAGCCCGCCAGCAACGGAGGAAGGAGUGUCUGCUGAUCAGAACUGUGAAGCUAAACAAACUGUUGAGGACCAAAAUAGAGACUGUGGGACAGCUGAACCCUUUCCUCAAGUUGCUAGUGAGCAUCAGAGCUGGAAUCCAAAUCCAUACAACGCUGAAAGCAUGAGUCUGUUUGAUGAAUAUUUUACUGAUGACAGUUCAAUUGAAACCCGGACUAUUGAUGAUAUUCCAGGGCAAGCAGCUACGGAUCUUCUUGCUCACAACAGUAGUUUAGAGUUUUCUAAAAAGCUGUGUACAAAGACUAGCAAACCACCUAGCGAAUUUUGUAAAUUCAUGGACUCUGUUCUACAAGAGACCUACAAAAACUGCUUUAAUGAGCAGGACCAAAGAGAGAGCAUCUCUAUUCGCGUCCCCCAUGGGGACAAAGAAAAUGUAGAGAAAAAAGUCGCCCCGGGAAUUGAUUGGGACAUUCCAAGAAAUGAGAGUUCAGAUAGUGCCCUGGGUGACAGCGAAAGUGAGGAUACAGGUCAUGAUCUAACUAGACCAAGCGGUAACUAUUAUGGAGGAGAGCAAGAAGAUUGGGCAGAAGAAUACGAGAUUCCUUUCCCUGGGUCAAAAUUGGUUGAAGUGAACUCUGUCCAGCCCAGUAUUGCCAAUUUUGGAAGAUCCUUGCUAGGGGGCUACUGUUCAUCUUACGUCCCUGACUUUGUUUUGCAAGGAAUAGGAAGUGAUGAAAAGCUGAGGCACUGUUUGGUGUCAGAUUUGUCUCAUGCUGUGCAGCAUCCCGUUUUGGACGAACCGAUCGCAGAAGCUGUCUGCAUUAUUGCAGACACGGACAAAUGGACGGUGCAAGUGGCCAGUAGCCAGAGACGAAUGAUUGAUAAUAAGCUCGGAAAGGAAGUGUUAGUCUCAAGUCUUGUCUCCAACCUGCUUCAUUCCACUCUUCAGCUUUACAAGCAUAAUUUAUCUCCAAACUUUUGUGUUAUGCACCUGGAAGAUCGGCUGCAGGAGCUCUAUUUCAAAAGCAAGAUGCUGUCCGAGUAUCUGAAGGGCCAGAUGAGAGUUCACGUCAAGGAGCUGGGCGUGGUGCUGGGGAUCGAAUCCAGCGACCUCCCUUUACUGGCAGCUGUAGCAAGCACUCACUCUCCCUAUGUUGCCCAGAUACUACUUUAA